AAUUUGAUUAAGCCCUACUGGAGAUUCACAGAGCGAGCAAUGCCGACAAUGCCUCUUGCUCAUCUCAGGUGGCCUCUAGCCGUGUUUGGGCUUCUCAGUCCAUUGGGUGUGUGCGGUGGCACCUUACGUGGUGAAGGUCCAGUGCAAGUCGUCGUGGACAUUCCGCAUCAUCGACGAGUCCAACUGUCAUGCAGGGGGACUGCGCUUCGCCUUCAGCUGGUGCCAGCGGGUGGCCGAACACCAUUGGUGUCCCCGAUGCUCGCUCCGAGCGUGGAGGACGUGCCCUGCAGCAAGGUCGAGACGUCCACGGAGCAGGGCGUUUCCACCAGUGCCGGCUCCGUGACGGUGGACAUUUACGGCGUGGUGAGGAUCUACUCAGGCAGUGGUGGUGCUCGCAUUACAAAUUCUACACCAAUUGUCAGCGACAGCGAAAUGGUGUUCUAUCAGCCGAGGGGAAGACUGCUAGGUGGCGGGAGUGAUUCUCCAGGAGGUAUGAGUCUGUCGACUCCGUCAGUAUCGCCAAUAGUUGGCAACACUGCAUGCUAUGCCCCAUACUACUACUCAGAGAUGGGAUAUGGAGUUCUGUCUGUAGUGGAGAGGGCCGACUACAACAAGUACCCUGCAAGCUACGAGUUGACUAGCUACGGUGACAGCCAACGUGUGAACUGGCUCUUCACUGGAAUGUGGGAUAUGUAUAUAAUGCCAGCAGCAAGCCUACGUGAGGGAACUCGCGCCUACUAUGAGCUCACAGGACGACCACCAGUACCACCACGCUAUACGUUUGGCUUUAUGGCCAGCAGGUGGGGCUGGAAGGAUCGCACAUACAUUGAGAAUGUGAUCCAGAAAUUUCGUGAUGGCAAGUAUCCAAUUGAUGCAAUCAUCAUGGAUUUUGAGUGGUUCACCAACGAGACUGACUAUGGAUAUGCGCCCAGUGAAGGCAAAUCCUACUACAAAGACUUUGGCUUCAACCCAGUGACCUUUCCCGAGCCUGCAUAUCAGCUGGCGGAAUAUGCCUUCAAUUCCAACAUCCGUGUGGCUGGCAUCCGAAAACCGCGAAUGGGCAACUCUGCCGUGAUCGAGGAGCUUGAGGACAAGAAGUGGCUUCUGCCCCACUGCGAGCCUGCUGGGAGGUACCCUCCAGUAUAUCCUGGCUAUUCAUGCGGCAGGAACGUUGACUUCUCCAUUCCUGAAGCACGAGAUUGGUAUGCAAAGGAACUGCAGCCCCUGCUGAAUGCUGGCAUGAGCUUUUGGUGGAAUGAUGAGGGUGAGACGGACUACUUCACCAACCAUUGGUGGAACGUGGCUCAGAAGAAGGCCUUGGAGACUUGGAGCAACAACAUGGCACUGCCUCAACACAGGUUCUUCUCCCUCAACCGUGCUUUUACACCCGGUCUCUCACGCUUGGGAGCAACUGUCUGGACUGGAGAUGUAACAGCUAGUUGGGACUGGCUUCUUCAUACACCAGGCACCAUGUUGAACUGGGUGUUGGCUGGUGCCCCUUACGUGUCCUGUGAUUCGGGAGGCUUCAUUGAUCCCACGAGUGCAGAAUUGCUGAUCCGCUGGCUCCAGGUGGCAUGCUUUAUGCCGGUCAUGCGGGUGCAUUCCGAGAUUAAUGUAGAUCCUCAUUGGCCUUGGCUUUGGGGACCAGUUGCCGCAGAUGCCUACCGCAAGAUCCUCAACCUCCGCUAUCGAUUGCUGCCAUACCACUAUUCGUUGGCACAUGCCCAGUAUGAUACUGGCGAGAUGUGGAUCAGACCAUUGCUGAUGGAUUUUCCAAAUAGCCCUGAGGUUCACAAUGUGACCACGCAUUGGAUGGAUGGCUCUAUUCUGGUAGCACCAGUCUUGCGAGAAGACUCUACCCAUGACCUCCAUUUGCCUCCGGGUCUUUGGUAUCGCCUGGACAAGGCUCUCAUGUUAGCUGAAGAGGUGAAGACAGUUGCUCCAGGUGUGCCUGUUCAGGGGCACGAUCCGUUGGUGACUCAGGGCUCUGGCACCCGUGUCACGUCCAAAGUACCAAUGAAAGAGGUACCCUGCUUUGUGAGACCUGGUACGAUUCUUCCUUUAUCACCCGUUGUCCAACAUAGUGGCGAGAUCGGACAAGGGCCUUUGCAGGUCUACGUCUUUGGGGGCAGCGAUGGACACUUCACGCUGGUUGAGGAUGAUGGUUGGUCAACCAAGUACCAGCAAGGUGACAUUCGCUCCACCAACUUCAAGUGGGCUGACCAUGAUCAAACGUUGUCCUGGACAAGCAUGAUACCUUUUGAAUACACUGAGCACGGCUUCUCACAGCUCUCAGUGUACUUUGUGAACAUCUAUGGCCACAUCACCCAGUCCCCGAUUCUGGCAUUCUCCAACGAGGGCUCCUUUACCUUCCAGGCUGCCAAUGAGGUCUUCAAGUAGCAUAGGCUCUCUGAGUUUGGGAGUCAAAGCACGGCGUUGCUUUGCGCUGCUGUGUGCUUUGCAUCCAAGCUGCUUCAGCGAGGGAGUGACUUCGGAAACACGACGUGUCAAUCCUCAGUGCCUCAACUGCGUUUUUCGAUUUCAAUCUGGUGCAGUCCACAGGCCAAAAGGCUCAAGUGGCGCUCCAGCAACAGAGGAACGCGAAUGUAUAGAGUAGCCGAUCCAAUACGACAUUUGCUGCUGAUCCAAAGAGUGAUUAAUGUGAUUUGCUAUCA